UUCUUAACUAAUGUUAACCACUCCGACACCUAAAUUACAGUAGUGUGUGCAAUACCAGCCAGCUCUCUCUCUCUCUCUCUCUCUCUCUCUCUCUCUCUCUCUCUCUCUCUCCAUCUUCUUCUAUUUGUCGCCUGAUUUUCAAACCCUAGAGUCUCGUCUCUUCAGAUUCUUAGCUUAAUUUCGGUUUCGUUGCGCUACGGUUAUGUAGAAAAGCUGGCUUGAUUCGGAGUUCCUUCAUUUCAAUUUGAUCUCUUCGUAUUUCUGCUCAAGGGAAUUCUCGGCAUAUACUCCUCCAAUGAGGAACACGGAUGGGUGUUAUCAGUUCUCAGUCUUCGGCGUUCUCUUCUUAGCCUCUGUGGUGCAUUUAGUUUCAGCUGCAAAUUAUGUUCCAGCUGUAGAUAUUCUACUUAACUGCGGGGCUUCUUCGCAAGCUAAUGAUACUGAUAAUCGCCAAUGGACUUCAGAAAUUGGGUCAAAGUCAAACAUUUUUUCUGCAGUUGGGAGUUCAUUUUUUUCUACUGCUGCUACCCAAGCCCCUUCUGUUCCUACAGUCCCUUACAUGACUGCUAGGAUUUUCCAAUCCGAUUUUACCUAUAGUUUUCAGGUAGCUUCUGGUCGUAAAUUUGUCCGUCUGUACUUUUAUCCUGCUUCUUACUCGGGUCUUAACGCGUCAAACGCCAUCUUCUCUGUUACUGUGGGGCCAUACACCCUUCUCAAGAACUUCAGUGCAUCCCAAACAGCUCAAGCCCUAAACUAUGAUUUUAUCGAGAAGGAGUAUUCUGUCAAUGUGCCCAAUCAAACCUUGAACAUAACCUUCAUACCUUCCUCUGGUACUUCAAAUUCCUAUGCUUUUGUGAAUGGGAUCGAGAUAGUUUCGAUGCCUGACAUGUAUAAUACUGAAGGUGGGAUUACCAUUCCCCUUGGGGAAUCUGUGGCAUUCUACAUAGACAACAGUACAGCUCUUGAAAAUGUUUACCGGCUGAAUGUGGGCGGAAAUGACAUUUCCCCCUCCGCUGAUACGGGCUUGUUUAGGUCCUGGAGUGAUGAUUCUCUGUACAUAUUUGCGGCAGCGUUUGGGGUUACAAUAACCUCAAGUCCAAACAUGACAAUUGUGUAUCCUUCGGGCAUGCCCACUUACAUCGCACCAGUUGAAGUCUAUGAUACUGCUAGAUCAAUGGGUCCAGACUCUAACAUCAACCAGAACUAUAAUCUGACUUGGAUAUUCACGGUUGACUCAGGGUUUUAUUACUUUGUGAGACUGCAUUUCUGUGAGCUUGACCAAAAUAUCACAAAAAUUAACCAAAGGGUGUUUAAUAUCUACCUUUAUAAUCAAACUGCUCAGAGUGGGGCAGACGUGAUUGCCUGGGCACACAACAAUGGAGUUCCAACUUAUCAAGAUUACUUGGUCUGGGUUCCCACUGGGGCCCCACAGCAAGAUCUUUGGCUUGAGCUUCAUCCAGACGUUGCUGUGAAGCCCCAGUACUACGAUGCAAUCUUGAAUGGAGUGGAGAUAUUCAAAGUAAACGAUAGCUCUGGAAAUCUUGGCGGUCCUAAUCCAGUCCCAGCUCCAACACAAGACACAAUUGACCCAUCAUUGGCUAAUCCGUCCGGUUCAAGUCAAUUUAAGAAGCACGAAGCAAUCAUUGGUGGAAGCAUUGGUGGCGGUAUUGCUGCAUUGGUUCUUGUUGGUUUAAUGGUUUGUAUUGUUUCUCGCCGUCGGAGGCAGGGGAAGAAGGACUCAAAUCCAAGUGAUGGACCAUCCGGGUGGCUCCCACUUUCUUUAUAUGGCAAUUCACACUCUACGAGCUCUGGAAAGUCAAACGCCACAGGAAGCUACACGUCCUCCCUCCCUUCAAACCUUUGUCGCCACUUUUCAUUUGCUGAAAUCAAGUCUGCUACCAACGAUUUCGAUGAUUCUCUACUCCUUGGGGUGGGAGGUUUUGGCAAAGUUUACAAGGGAGAAAUUGAUGGUGGAAUAACUAAGGUUGCAAUUAAGCGAGGAAACCCCCUCUCUGAGCAAGGUGUGCAUGAAUUCCAAACAGAGAUAGAAAUGCUGUCAAAGCUUCGACACCGUCACCUUGUUUCGCUAAUUGGUUAUUGCGAAGAGAACUGUGAAAUGAUCCUUGUCUACGAUUACAUGGCUCAUGGAACCCUAAGGGAGCAUUUAUACAAGACUAGUAAGGCCCCGUUGCCAUGGAAGCAGAGACUUGAGAUAUGCAUUGGCGCUGCUCGCGGUUUACACUAUCUCCACACUGGUGCAAAGCACACUAUUAUCCACCGCGAUGUUAAGACAACAAACAUCCUUUUAGAUGAGAAAUGGGUGGCAAAGGUUUCUGAUUUUGGCUUGUCAAAAACGGGUCCUACAUUGGAUAACACUCAUGUUAGCACAGUUGUGAAGGGUAGUUUUGGGUACUUGGAUCCAGAGUAUUACAGGAGGCAGCAGCUGACCGAAAAAUCUGAUGUUUACUCUUUUGGAGUAGUGCUCUUUGAGAUAUUGUGUGCUAGGCCUGCUUUGAACCCAACGCUUCCAAAAGAGCAGGUGAGUUUGGCAGAGUGGGCUUCACAUUGCCAGAAGAAGGGUAUUCUUGAUCAUAUUCUUGAUCCAUAUCUGAAAGGGAAGAUUGCUCCUGAGUGUUUCAAAAAGAUUGCUGACACAGCGAUGAAGUGUGUGGCGGAUCAGGGAAUUGACAGACCAUCAAUGGGUGAUGUGCUGUGGAACCUUGAAUUUGCUCUACAAUUGCAGGAGAGUGCAGAGCAGAAUGGAAAUGGAUUCGGUGGACUAGAAAUUGAAGAUGGGUUUGAUGUAUCCACUGUUGAAGGAAAGAAGGAUCUGAACGCGUCUCCUGGUUUCGAUGGUAAUGUCACAGAUUCAAAAAGCAGUGGGAUGUCGAUGAGCAUAGGUGGCCGGAGUCUAGCUAGUGAAGAUUCUGAUGGGUUGACCCCAAGUGCUGUGUUUUCACAGAUUAUGAAUCCUAAAGGACGUUGAGAUCGAACCCUUGGGAUUUGCUGCUGGAUGCUGAUUUUGAGUAAGCAAUGUGCUUUGAAUUGUUGGUUAACCACUGAAGUAAUUUUCUUUCUGUUUUUCCUCUUGAUUCGUUUACUUAAUAAUAUGUUUUGAUCAAAUCCGUAGCAUUCCUUAAGUUGUACCAAAGAUAAAUUGUGCAAUGAUUUGUUGUACUCAAUACCAGGAUAUGAGAGUAUUUUCA